AUGUGUGGCAGACUUCACUGUUGCAUUGACGAAGAAACAGGAGAGUGCUACAGAAGACUUCCUCAGGUCAAGUCGGGAUGUGCUUCUUACUGUGACAUCCCACAUCGAAAUGUCACCGCCUGUGAUGCAGAAAAUGAAGAUUCAUGUGUCGAAAUGGGAUGUUGCUGGUUUCCUGUUUCCGAUCGACCACCCUGCUACGAGCCAGCAGCGUAUGUUCCUCCGACAACGCAAAAUCCGAUCAAUAGACCAAAAGCAAUCGUUAGAUCUCCUUAUUAUUACUCUUCAAUUGUUUCUUCAAAACCAGCGGAGAUAAAGAACCCGUUGAUCGUCGGAUAUGCCUGGGCAGAUUGGCUCGACUCAGUUUGCACAGCUGAUUGCAACGGAGUCGGGGUUAAAAUAAGGAGAAGAACGUGCACGGCCUACACAAAAUAUGGCAACUCACCGGUAAACAGGAACUUUUGCAAAGGACCUGAUAAGAAAGCGGAAUUAUGCGUGGGUCCUCCUUGUUCGCAUAAUGACUUUCAAAUAACGGUCCCGACAAAAACCGAUUCCGAAACCAAUCAGAAGAAGGAAAAACCUCUUAUUCCAGAUCUCGAGAGCAAUUCGACGACAAUGGUCUGCUGUGUCAACCAAGGAAAACUUUACGACCCAGGCGAAAUUAUCUUCAAAACCUCAUGUUUGACCAUCUUCUGCUCGAUAUCCUGCAAAGUUGAUAUGGAGAUGAACGAGGCUUGCGAUGGCGGGCAGGAACCACCCCCUUUACCAGAGGCGUGUUUUCCGUCAGAAUGUGGGGAGCAAAAAGCGUGGCGAAUAAAGAAGAUCGUUGGAGGAUCUUGGUCGCCGAUGUAUGGACAUCCCUGGGCGGUGAUGAUGAAAAAGCAGGAGGGAGUGAGGAGUUUUGUCUGUGGGGCGACGAUGAUCUGCUCGAAAUUCGUGCUCACAGCUGCUCACUGCUUUGCGGACCAAACCCUCAAACCUGUCGGUCGACUGGACUUUGACACUCGAAAUUACCGAUUUUUCUUCGGGAGAUAUUUCGGCAACGACGAAGAUUCGGAGAAAUUCGACAAGCAUCGUAAAGUGGUAACAGGCGACGGCAUUGAAUUCAUGAUCACCCAUCCCGACUUCGAAUACGUUGGCAAAGGAGUGAUGAAGCAUGACAUUGGCAUUGUAAAAUUUCGGAACGAGAUGGAAAUCAACGACUACGUCAAGCCGGUUUGUCUCCCGACAGCUCGUGACGAUGUUCCAAAUCCAAACGAAGCUGGCUGGGCGAUCGGCUGGGGAAUAACCAAAAAUCGAGGACCUAGCAAUCAUAAACUCAAGCAAGUAGGAGUUCAAAUCGUCGAUGAAAAUAGCUGCAGAAGAAAAGUCGAUGGAUUCCCUGAUAGUGGAAGAGGCCUUAUCUGUGGCGGGGGAAGUUAUGGACACGACACUUGCGUUGGAGAUAGUGGCGGACCUGUUCUUGGAUAUAGGGCAAAAGAUUCGCUUUCAUAUUCAAGUUACACCACCAGCAAGGACAAAACAUGGACGAUUUUCGGCAUCACCUCCGUUGGCGGCACAAGUUGCAAUACCAUUAUCUCCGAUGUUCAGCCUGCUGUCUAUACUAACGUGGCCUAUUAUCUUGAUUGGAUCAUCGCGACAACAGCCGGCUGCUGCGAUUCAAGCUAG